AUGUUGGACAUGAAUUCGGGCUUCUGGAACGUGCCUAUCGAGAAGGGGUGUAAGCACCUCACGGCGUUCAUAACUCCGAUAGUCCUGUUCGAAUUCAAUAUCGUACCCUUCGGGAUCAAGAACUCGCCCGCCAGAUUCCAGCGAGCAAUGGACACCUGCUUCGCCCCGACACCGAGUGACGACGUCUUCUGCUACAUUGACGACGUCAUCAUGUGCGGAAAUGACCCAAGGGAGAUCCUAGAGCAGCUGAGGACCUUCCUGGGCCUGUGCAGGGGCACCGGGUUCUACCUGCGGUUGGACAAGAGUGCCGUGGCAACUAAUUAA